AGUGAAAAGGGGAGGGGGAACCAUGUGCAGCGGCUUACGGAAAAGAAACAGAGGGCCUCUCUAACCUUCAAUUGUUGCAUCAGAAGGCCGUCUGUGGCUUAACCUGGGGGCGAAAACACACAAAAUUUAAGAAAAUGAUUCGGCAUUCGCCUUCAGCCCUCAAGCCAUGGCUAGUAGUUGAAAGGCUUCCGAUCAAAAACCGCUGGCUAUACCCUCCUGUAACAACACAACUACAUCUGCCAAUCCCCAAUUAUGAAACUCAGUACCGACCAUAUUCAAACCCAUCAGGUAGGCCAAGCCUGUGGGGUAGAUUUAUGGACAAUGUCAAACAAGAGAUGGCUAAAAAUAAAGAAAUGAAGGAAAGUUUGAAAAAAUUUCGUGAAGAAAGGGAAAAGCUGGAACAAUCUGAUGCUCUUCGGAAAGCAAGGCAGAAGUUUGAGUCUGUUGAGUCAGAAGCAACCAAAAGUACUGAAGUACUGAAAGGAAAGAUUGGUGCUUUAAAAGGGAAGGUCCAAGAAGCCAUGGGAGAAGUUGGGAAAACCGAAUUUGCUAAGAAAGCUGGCCAAAUCACUGACGAUUUGGGAAAGUCUGCCAAAGAGGCAGCUGAGAAAUUGUCUGAACAAGGUCAAACCAUAGGGAAAAGUGGAGCUUUCAAGACUGUCACUGAGGCUGCAGAAGUUGUAAAGAAAGAGCUUGACAGUGGUUAUCGUGGGAAUGUUUAUCAAGCUCCAACUGAGCUACGCAAGCGUCGAGAGACUGGAGAUUCAGAAGAUUUGAAGCCUGUUGAGCCUAAUACUGAGGCUCUGGGUAUGGAACUUCAUAAGGACUCAAAGUUUUAUCAAAGUUGGCAAAACUUUAAAGACAAUAAUCAAUACAUAAAUAAAGUACUUGAUUGGAAAAUGAAAUAUGAUGAAAGUGACAAUCCCCUUGUCAGAGCAUCUCGAGCUGUUACUGAAAGGGUCACUGAUAUCAUGGGAGGCCUUUUCCAAAAGACUGAACUAUCAGAAACACUGACCGAAAUUUGUAAAGUAGACCCAAAUUUUGACCGUCUCCAAUUUUUACGCCAUUGUGAGACUGAUAUUAUUCCCAACAUUUUGGAAGCUAUGGUUCGUGGAGAUUUGGAAAUAUUGAAGGACUGGUGUCAUGAAGGUCCUUUUAAUAUACUCUCCACUCCUAUUAAGCAAGCCCAGAAGAUGGGUGCCCGUUUUGAUUCUAAAGUACUUGAUAUUAAAGACGUUGAUCUCACAAUGGGCAAAAUGAUGGAUCAGGGCCCUGUUCUUGUUAUUAGUUUUCAAUCACAGCAAAUUAUGUGCCUGAGGGAUGCAAAAGGUGCUGUCUUGGAAGGAGAUCCUGAAAAAGUUCUUAGAGUUAUGUAUGUAUGGGUAUUAUGUAGAGAUAUGUCUGAAUUAGAUCCAAAAGCCGCCUGGAGACUUCUUGAUUUAUCAGCACACAGCACAGAACAAUUAUUAUGAAAAGAUUUCUUGUUGUAUUAGGACUUGAAUACUGUUGUGCUAGUGAGAGCUUCAGUUUCUCUUCAAAUUUAUGUUGUAUUGAGGAAGGUGGAUUUGCACUUUCAACUUAGAAAAAAUGUAGAGUUUAAUUUAUUUUUUUAUACCUUUUUUUUUUUCUAAUGGAAACUUUUAAAAGUGCAAAUACUUGUUCCUUUUUUUGUUAUUUUGUUGAUCAACUGAGAGAAACUUUUGAAGCUUUCUCUGAGCUGUGCAUCAUACUACCCGCCUGAACUUUUCAUUUGUGAUCAAGAGUACUGUUUGUCUCAUUUGCUGGUUCAGAAGUGAAGUACCAUCACUUCAUGUAUGUAUGUGAUAAUCUUCUUGUUAAUGUCAUAUUCUGUUUGCAUGACCCUGUUCUGUUUUUGAAUAAUAUUUAUGUACUUGACGCCGGCUGAAUGAAACAUUUCCUUGCCGUUAUCAUGAGUACAUCACCAUGCUUUUCAAAGAAAAGCUAUGUGAAGAACUUUUGAGGCAACAAUGGAUUAAUUAUCCCUCACAGUAUUUCCUAGCAAUCAAAGGACCCAAACCACUAUCCAUAGUGCUGAUUUAAUUUUUUUUUCCCAUCAUAAAAUAUUUGGGGAGAAAUAAUAUUCCAUCAUCAUACAUAUGUACAGUGCAAGGGGGGCUGGGGGCUGCAAGUUAACUUGCCAGUCACACCCACUGCAUUUUCUCAAUAAUGUCAACUGGUUGAUCUUUGUGAGUGAGUAGGCCUUGAAGCCAAUCAACUGCUUUUGAUUGUUACUGUUUAAAUUUUAUGGACAUCUAGGGGUAUCUUAAUUAGACUUGUAACAUCCCCAUUCCGCAUAAUUUAAAUUGGUAACUAAUGAUGCACAUUGGUAAAAUACCCAUUGGCAUCUGGCUCUUAAGAGUCUUAUCCACUAGUCAAAUUUUGGCAAAGUUCUAGUGUUUUUUCUCUCCUUUGAUUCCAAUGUAAAGGAUAGUUUGAAGAAGAGGAAGAAAACUUUGUUAGAUAAAAGGACAUGUAAAAAUGAUA